AGCAUUUGAGACUAGGGUUUAUGAUUGUAAAACCAGAGUAGAGAGUGACACUCUCUCACUGUCUUUUCUUUCCUUUUCACACCUGCUUUCAAAACCAUGGGAUGUACCGCCUCGAAACUCGACGGCGAAGAUACCGUUCGCCGUUACAAGACUCGCCGCCGUCUGAUGAAAGAAGCCGUCUACGCUCGCCACAACCUCGCCGCCGCUCAAGCCGAUUACUGCCGGUCACUUCGUCUCACUGGAUCUGCUCUUUCCUCAUUCGCCGCCGGUGAGCCUCUCUCUGUCUCGUACCAAACUCCACCAGUCUUUCUCCAUCACCCUCCUCCUCCUCCUCCUCCUCCUCCACCCUCUCAACCAUCUCCAACCAACUCUAACUCUAUCCCUCCUCCUCCUCCUCCUCCUCCUCCUGAGCCUCCAGUCAUCUCCGCCUCUUCCAGUAGACGAAGGAAACACCAACAUCAGCAUCAACACAAACCUAAGCUGCCUCACAUCCUCUCAGACUCAAGCCCUUCGUCGUCUCCGGCGAGUGAAAGAUCCAAUUUUUACCCAAGAGCUUACCAGAACUCGACUUACUCAGCUACUCCUUCCCACGCCUCCUCCGUCUGGAACUGGGAGAACUUCUACCCUCCUUCUCCUCCAGAUUCAGAGUUCUUCGAUAAGAAGGCUCAAGAACAGAGAGAAACAGAGAGAACAGAGCAUGCGAGUAAGACGACGAAGAAGAACAGUGUGGUGGAUGAAGAAGAGACGGAGAGAGAGGAAGUACAGUGUAGCUCAUGGGACGUUCAAGAUCAUUACAGCACUACAAGCUCAUCCGUGGAUGAGGAGGACAAUAUGGAGUCUGUUUCAGAGGUGGGAAGAACUAGUAAACGGCACCACCACCAGAAGGCUUCGCCAAUUCCGCAAGAAUACGGAGGAGCUGAAAAGGGAAGAUAUGAUGAUGAUAAAGAAGAUGAUGCGACGACGUAUUGCGGUAGCUAUAGAGGCGGAGGAGAUGUCGCCUCCGUUAGGCAUAGAGACUUGAAAGAGAUCGCUGAUGCGAUCAAGGAGUAUUUCGAUAAAGCUGCUGCCGCUGGGGACCAAGUGUCUCAGAUGCUUGAGCUCGGAAGAGCUCAGCUUGAUGGGAGUUUCAGACAGUUGAAAAAAACUGUGAUUCAUUCGAGUAGCAUACUAAGCAACCUGAGCUCGACAUGGACCUCGAAGCCGCCUUUAGCAGUCAAAUACAGACUCGACACAACAGCAUUGGAUCAACCGAACAGUCUCAAGAGCCUUUGUUCCACUCUUGACCGUCUCUUCGCAUGGGAGAAGAAGCUCUAUCAAGAAAUCAAGGCUAGAGAAGGUGUGAAGAUUAAGCAUGAGAAGAAGCUAUCACAACUUCAAAGCCAAGAGUAUAAAGGAGAGGAUGCAGCUAAGCUAGACAAGACAAAAGCUUCCAUAAAUAGGUUACAGUCACUUAUAAUUGUCACAUCUGAAGCUGUUACAACCACCUCUACUGCCAUUAUCCGUCUCCGUGACACUGACCUCGUUCCUCAACUCGUUGAACUCUGUCAUGGCUUCAUGUACAUGUGGAAAGCAAUGCAUCAAUACCACGAGACACAGAACAGCAUCGUUCAGCAAGUCAAAGGUCUAGUCGACAGAUCAGGCAAAGGAGAAUCAACCUCCGAGCUACACAGACAAGCAACGCGCGACCUAGAAUCAGCCGUCUCUUCUUGGCACUCUAGUUUCAGCCACCUGAUCGAGUUCCAACGCGACUUCAUACGCUCCGUUCACGCCUGGUUCAAACUAACCGUCCUUCACAAAGAUCCAACCGACGCUUUCUCCUUCUGCGAGGAGUGGAAACUCGCGCUGGACCGUGUUCCCGACACGGUCGCAUCGGAAGCGAUCAAAAGCUUCAUCAACGUCGUGCAUGUUAUCUCCACGAAACAAGGUGAUGAGCAUAAGAUCAAGAAAAGGACGGAGACGGCGUCGAAGGAGCUAGAGAAGAAAGCUUCGUCGCUUAGAAGCUUGGAGAGGAAGUAUUACCAGUCGUACUCGAUGGUCGGUGUCGGUUUACCUGAGUCAGGACCUGAUAACCAACACGUGUUGGAUGCUAGAGACCCGUUGAGCGAGAAAAAGUCGGAGCUUGCGGGGUGUCAGAGGAGAGUGGAGGAAGAGAUGGUGAAGCAUUCGAAGGAGAUAGAAGUGACGAGAGCUAUGACGUUGAAUAACUUGCAGACGGGGUUGCCUGGUGUUUUCCAAGCUUUGACGAGUUUCUCUGGUUUGUUUGUGGAGUCUCUCGAAACGGUGUGCACUCGCUCACACUCGAUCAAGUAGUAUUUGUCUCUGUGGUGAUUGUUUACUAACUCUCUAGAGAGAGAAUCUGACAACUGUUCACUUCUUGCCUGAAAGUGAAGCCACAUGAUUUGGUUUUGUAAAAUAACGAUUUUCUGAAUCUUCGCUGAUAUCUUAUUGUAACCUUUCUUGUUACC